AUGAAAUCCAUCAUACCCCUCACAUCCGCCGUCCUCGGCACCGCCGCCAUCGGCAUCUACCUCUACCACGAAACCCUCAGAUCCCGCCUGAUUACCAAAUCCCAGCACGGCCACCUCCCUCGCUCACUCGCCACACACAUCACCACGGCCCCGGAAAGCGUCUUCACCGCACAAACAACAGCAGUCUACGACUCGGCCUCGACCGCCGUGCCGCGCGCCCAGCUCCCCAACCUCAGCACGCACGAUCUGCUGACGCGCUUCCUGCAGCGGAACAUGAGCCGGUUCGCGCGGCUCCCGCAGGCGUACAUCCUGCGGGCGAUGAGCACGGCGGCGGAGAAGCCUGGUUUCGACGCGGCCCGGAUCCAGGCGCUGGAGUUCCGUGAGGGGGAUUCCGUGUGCGGCGCGUACCGGGUGGUGCUGCGGACGGCGGAGAGGGUGGAGUUUGCGCUGAAGCCGAUGGGGGUUAUCCAGGGGCGGCUGGUGGUGAGUUUGACGGAGGAUGGGGAUGGGCGGGUGGUGUUUAUGAAUGAGACGCUGAUGUGGAGGCCGGUGGGGGAGAAGGUGGUGAUGCCGUUGGAGACGGGGGUGGGCAGGUGGGUGCAUGAGUUGACGGCGUGGUGGAUGUUGGACUCCGGGGUGCGGUAUCUGAUGGGGUUGAAGGAAUAG